AUGGCGGCUCCUGGAGUCGGACCGCGAGAUCUUAUCCGCCGAGUCAGUGCGGACUCGAAUGUUGAAACAACUGUCGAUUCGGCUCAAGGAAUGUUGAUGGCGAGCGAGUUAGGGACGCCAAUCCAAGAAGCGCAAUCAUCGACUAUCGACUCCGACGCACACCCGCAAGAUGAGCCGGCUCUCCUGUUGGAACCAUUCGUAGUUCCCCCGAGCUGGCUGCAGAAGAGUCUACUUUCUUUUGAUGGAGGAGGAAUUCGAGGAUAUGCCAGUUUGCUCAUGCUUAGGGCGCUGAUGGUACACAUUGGCCGUAUUGAACUCGGACAUACUAAACCGCAUAACUCAAGCUAUCAGCCAUGCGAAAGGCCGGAGUCCCCGAAACUGAAAACUCGGGCCACUGAUAUCGAUGAAAGCUCUCUCAUUGAGUAUCUGCCUUGCCAUUACUUUGGUAAUUACUUUCCCAAUCAAAUCUCUUCAGUGUUAAUGAUGCUAGACUAUAUUGCCGGUACAAGUACGGGAGGACUUAUUGCAACUAUGCUGUCUCGGUGGCGAAUGUCGGUCAAAGAAUGCAUCACACAGUACGAAAUUGUUGGUAGCAGGGUGUUUAAUACCAAGUGGCGUCUCAGCGUCCUUGGGUUUCCCAGAUCGAAGCAUAGCAAAAAGCCCUUGAAAGCAGCUAUAAAGUCGCUUGCGGACGAGAAGACGGUGACGAUUCCCGGGCAAUCUCCAACGUCAGAGUUUGAGUACGGAAAGUUCCCGGCACCUCCAGAUCUGUGUCGCACUAUUGUCUUUGCAAUUCGAAAAGGCAAAACUACAAGAAAUCCCAAUGAGUCUACCAAAAAGGCUAGACCUGCAGAUGGCACAUACUUGUUCAGAUCGUAUAAGCCCGUUCCGAUUGAUCCGUACAAUCCACCCCGGAACUAUGGAGUAGACAUAAAUAUCAAAAUUUGGAAGGUAUGCCGCGCUACCACAGCAGCUCCGUCUUAUUUUGAUUCUCAGAGAAUCGGCGACGACGAAUUUUGUGAUGGCGGAGCCGGGGUAAACAACCCGACUGCGGAAGCUCUAGAAGAAAUGUUCCGCCUCCACAAAACCAAUGUUGAAAUUGCAGCGAGCUUUGGAACCGGAAGAUGGUGGCCACCAUCCAUGUUCAGAGAGGGAAACAACAAAGGAGUAGGCAGACUGCAUAUCGGAACAGCACUGGGACAAGUUCAUCGACUUCUGAAGAAUGCCAAGGGAGCACUUACGGAUUCCCAGACGACACACCAUCAUAUCCAGAAUACGGCACGCCUCUUGGAGGAUACUGACAAAGCGUUCAAAUACUACCGAUUCAACGUUGAAGAGCGUCUCGGGAAAGUUAAAAUGGAUGAAUGGAAAGAUCGGAGGGACGAUGGUGACGGUGGAAAGUGCAGUACGUUGGAAUACAUAAAAAAGUGCACCGACGAGGAAUUAAGCAAGGAAGAAGUACAGGCGCAACUGGAAGCGUUAGCAACUAUACUUGUUGCACAAAGAAGAAAGAGAAUAACAGACGACCCGGAUAUGUGGGCGCGAUUUGCCACUUGUGUUCGAUACAAGUGUGUUGCUGAUAAUUGUCGAGUCGAUGGCAAGAUUAGUUAUUUCAGUCUUCGCAGAGAAUUGAGACAACAUCUCCUCACGGUGCAUAGCACACCGCCACAAUCGAUGGAAGCCGAGCUUGACCAACGUCGACAAUGGCCAGACUUUCCUACAGGUCCUUUCUGA